CGACUUGAAAUGCGUCAGCGCCCUAACUCACCUCCUUUACUUCUCUGUUGCGCUCCUUAAUUUCCUCACCAAAUGCAAUUGGUUGCUCAGACACGGCAGGGCAAACCCAUCCCCGAUGCCUGGGACUAUAAGGGCCGUCCCGCUCUCCGCUCUACCACCGGUGGAUGGGCCGCCGCCGCCAUGAUUCUGGGUGGAGAAGCUUGUGAGAGGCUCACGACGCUCGGCAUCGCUGUUAAUUUGGUCACUUAUUUGACGGCCACCAUGCAUUUGGGUAAUGCCAUCUCCGCCAAUAUCGUCACCAACUUCAUGGGCACCUCCUUCAUGCUCUGCUUGCUCGGUGGUUUCGUGGCCGACACUUUCCUCGGCAGAUACCUCACCAUCGCCAUCUUUGCAACCGUGCAAGCAACUGGGGUUACGAUCCUGACGAUAUCGACAAUAAUUCCGAGCCUGCACCCUCCCAAAUGCAAGGUCGCACCUUGCGUUCCGGCGAACAACGUGCAGCUGAUGGUUCUGUAUUUAGCGCUCUACGUGACCGCCCUCGGCACGGGAGGUCUGAAGUCGAGUGUUUCUGGGUUUGGGUCCGAUCAAUUUGAUGAAACGGACGAAACAGAGAAAGCCCGGAUGGCGAAGUUCUUCAAUUGGUUCUUUUUCUUCAUCAGCAUAGGGUCUCUGGCGGCUGUGACUAUUCUGGUGUACAUCCAGGACAACGUGGGCAGAGAAUGGGGGUAUGGUAUUUGUGCAACCGCCAUUGUGAUAGCCCUCGUCGUGUUCUUGUCGGGGACGAAGCGGUACCGCUUCAAGAAACUCGUGGGUAGCCCCCUGACUCAGAUUGCUGUGGUGUUAGUCGCUGCUUGGAGGAAAAGGCACUUGCCGCUGCCCUCCGAUUCGUCGUCGCUCUUCAACUUGGAUCACAUCAUUGAUGAAGCCAGCCGUAAGAAGAAGCAGGCUUUGCCUCACAGCAAGCAAUUCAGGUUCUUGGACAAGGCUGCGAUCAUAGAUCAGGAAAUGGUAGACGCAAUAGAGGAGAGGAAGUGGUAUCUGUCGACCCUAACAGAUGUUGAGGAAGUGAAACUGAUCCUGAGGAUGUUACCCAUAUGGGCCACCACCAUCAUAUUUUGGACUGUGUAUGCCCAAAUGACCACAUUCUCUGUGUCCCAAGCGACCACCAUGGACCGCCACAUCGGAAAAUCAUUCCAAAUCCCCCCGGCUUCCCUGACUGUCUUCUUCGUCGGAAGCAUUCUGCUCACAGUCCCCAUCUACGACCGAAUUAUCGUUCCCAUCGGCAGAAAACUGCUCAAAAACCCACAAGGAUUGACUCCUCUGCAACGCAUAGGUGUGGGUCUGGUUUUUGCAACCUGUGCCAUGGCCGUAGCAGCACUGACUGAAAUAAAGCGUUUGAGAGUGGCAAAGUCACAUCAUUUGACGGACGAUCCCCAUGCGGUGAUCCCUCUGAGCGUGUUCUGGUUAAUCCCCCAGUUUUUCUUUGUUGGAGCAGGGGAGGCAUUUACAUACAUAGGACAGCUAGGGUUUUUCCUAGGAGAAUGUCCGAAAGGGAUGAAGACGAUGAGCACGGGCCUGUUCUUGAGCACACUGUCGUUGGGGUUCUUCGUGAGCUCAUUGUUGGUGACAAUAGUGCACAAAGUGACGGGGCAAGGGAAGCCAUGGGUGGCCGACAAUCUUAACCAGGGCAAGCUCUAUAACUUUUAUUGGCUUCUGACCAUUCUUAGUGGUGUGAAUUUCGCUGUGUACCUGGUGUGUGCCAAGUGGUACGUGUACAAGGACCAGAGGCUGGCUCAGGAGGGCAUCGAAUUAGAGGAACAAGACGCUGCUUGCCAUGCUUAGGAAAUAGGAAUAGGAUUAUCCCACUUCUUUCUUUUGUUUUUUGUUUUUUUUUUUGUUUUUUGCUGCUCUCUAUGUCAUAAUUAAGCUUGGCAGCAUUCUAUGUAAAAGAAAAUGCAGAGCGUUUGUAUCCCUUAAGGUUGUAAGUUGUAACCGUUUGUACGUUCAUAUAAUGAAAAUUAGAGUAAGCAGAUAUGGGAAGAAAGGUUUACUAACCGCUAAAA